UUCAGCUCCAUAGAUUCAAAGUGCAUAAUAGAAACAAAAAUGGAAACUGCUCUCUGGAUCUUACAAUAACUAAUCUAAUGAGAUUUGAUGCAGGGAAAUACAUCUCAUUGGUUUACAAGGACGGGCAGUCAAUUGCUGAUCACACAACAAGAGUUGAAUUGCAAAUAGACUAUCCUCCUGGUAAGGCAUCAUGUGAUGUGAGUGAAGAAAAGGGUGGAGACUGGGUCUCAAUAGACUGUACAGCCAAGGUUGGGAGUCUAUCAGGGAAGAUUGAAUGCUAUCAGGAUGGUGUAUGGAUUCCUCCCCUAACUGAUCCUACUGAAACUGACACAACUUUGAAACAGAAGAUAAACAUUACAACAAAUCAGCCAGUAUUUUGUUGCUCUUCCGCUUUGACUGAGUACAAAGAAAGAUGUGAAUGUAAUGAUACUGCAUUGUAUCUAGAUGAUGCCAUUAGCAGUGACCCAUGUCCAACCAUAUCAACAGAAACAUCAACAAUUUCUAUUGACAAAACCCAAGAUCUGGGCGAGAAAAGUCAGUCUUCGAACACUUCAAACUAUACCUUAACAUCACACACGACAUCAACGAAUGCCAACAAAAUGUACAAACCCUUUUUGAUAGCAAUAAUCAUAUAUUAUAUUACGAUAGCUAAUCUGAUCAGGAUGUUCAUACGGAAUGCAAUUCACUUCUAUCAAUUAAGGCAGGAACGCAAAAACAAUAGUAAUGAUGAGUCACAUAAUUUGAAAGCAAUAAUCUUAUAUUAUAUUUCAGGGAUUGGUCUGGCCAUAUUGAUGAUAUUGAAUACAAUUUCCGUCUAUCAAAUGUGGCCGGAAAACAAAAAUAAUAGUAAUGAUAGUGAGUCACAUAAGAAAGCAAUAUUCAUAUAUGUAUAUUAUAUUUCAGCAACUGGUGUGAUCAUAUUGUUCCUAUUAAAUUCAUUUCAAAGUAAUCAACUGAUUCAGGAACGCAAACAAAAUAGUAAUGGUGAGUCACAAAAGCCUUUAUUAUCAGGAAAUGUUCAUUAUCAUUAUGCUCUAAAAUGCGAAACAGAGAAAUUAAAUCAAAUGAUGAUGCAGGAAUUAGCAACUCACAAAACACAAAAUAAUGUCUAUUAA